AUGGAGCCGAGCGAGGCGCCGGCCCCGGGUGUCACCACGGGAGCGAAGCCUGCAAAGCCCAAGAGGAUACGCAAGUCGAGAUCCCGAGGUCUGCGCACCAAGACUGGAUGCCUCACAUGUCGAAAGAGACACAAGAAGUGUGAUGAAAGAGUGCCUGUGUGUGGCCCUUGUUCUAUAUCGAGCCGGGACUGUGUAUAUGGCGAUCAGGGACCAAGCCCAACCUCAGAUGGCCAACCGAGUCAGCAGGUCAAGCAGGGUCCGGCGAUCCAGCCGACCAAGACAUCCUCUCCGACGCUCACAUUUUCGUCGCGGAGGGAAGUAGACAUUCCCAGAACGAUACCAGAGGUACCAACACCCUCUGCUGUCCCUACUGCAGGACCAAGUCCGCGCAAUUUGUAUCCAUCUCCGGUAGAUGUUCCACCGCAGCAGCCUCUUCAACCUCCUCCUCCUCCGCCACCGCCUUCGACCAUACCCCUGGCCGAGGCCUACCAGUAUGCCUACUCCCCGGACACGGUGGCGUCGGAGCUGCUGACUACGGACAUGGCCUCCAACCGAUGGCUAGAUCUGUUGGCCACGGAUGCAGCCCAGGCAGAUGCUGGAUUCUCCCUUGCACCGAGUCCUGCUCCCGAAGAUUCAGUAUCAAAUACGGGACAUGAGUCUCAGCCGAUAGGGACAGAAAACCAACCCAUUUCAGGGAGUGUCUCGAUUCCAGCACCGCUGGCCAACCAGGCAGUGGAACGACAUGCCUGGUCAUUAAAUCGAGAUAUUGUUCUUACAAGCUAUGAAGCAACCCUAUUUCGCACUUUUGCUGAAAGAGCAAGUCUCUGGCUUGAUAUCUUUGACCCUCGCAGACACUUUUCGACAUAUGCGACGCGUUUAGCACUGCGGAAUGUAGGAUUGAUGAAAGCUAUACUGGCAUUGUGUGCACGACAUAGAGAAAUUUCCGAGGCAAACGCAGGCAUCACCAGGGACUCGAUGGUCAUCUCCACUUACGAGAUGCUCGAUUCAUCAGAUACGAAUUGGAAACGACAUUUAAAGGGCGUCUUUUGGAUUCAAAGAUCACAAGACGUCAACGGCGCAUCCGGAGGGCUGCGACAGUCUGUGUGGUGGGCAUGGCUCCGUCAGGAUAUUUGGGCCGCUUUCAGAGAACGUAGAAGGUGUUUCUCCUUUUGGCGACCCCUCAAAGACUAUUGCGACCUGAACCAGGAUGAACUGGCGGAUCGAGUAGUUUACCUGCUUUCACAAACGGUCAACUACUGCUCAAAGUGGGAUCCAUCACCUACCGAACCGGACACGACCGCAAAACGAAUUCGCAUCGGCGAGGCCCUGAUUAAUGAGCUCGAGCGCUGGAAGACGUAUCUCGGUCCCUUGUUUCAGCCCUUGCCGACAGCAGACCCUAGCCCUGACAGCGUAUUCCAGCCUCUCUGGAUUCAUCCACCAAAAUAUGGUGUUGCGCUUCAGGUGUACAGCUUUGCUUGUAUACUCAUCACUCUCCACCGUCCGGCCGCGUCUGGUUUCGACGGAUACUUGAGAACACAGAAAACACUGUCCGAGGCAGUAGCCACUAUUUGCGGGAUAGCCAUGGAGCUACGCGACGAAGGCAGUCAGAUCAUGUCUGCGCAGUGUCUGUUUGGAGCUGGUCUUUGCGUACAAGAUACAGAUAAACGCAAUGUUAUUCUGUCCUUGAUAGACGCCUGUGAAAUGCGAACAGGAUGGCCAAUGGCCUCCAUGAAGAAAGAUCUUCUGGCCGAAUGGGCAAAAUAA